AUGGAAUCAGAACCAAUACCAAUGUGGUCGGAUAGACAACGAAAGCGUUUGGGUAUCGAAAAGAACCUUCUUGAGGACUAUUUUCCUGCUCGCACUAAUUGGACCAAUAGUACGAAUGCAACCAAAACGAAAGUGGACAUUGCUUUGAAUACAAACGAUAAAACUGAGUAUAUUCUUCGUAUUCAUCUGACACAAGAUUUUCCAAAUGCAUGCCCGAUGCUUACUGUCGUGUCUCCAAUGUUGAAAUCAAGAAAGGGAGACCGUUUUCCGGAGUCAAGCACUGAAUUCCACACGUUACAAAACAUCGAGGGGUACCCGACUGUGUGUCAUUUUCACCCGGAAUCGUGGACACAAGAGAACACGUUAUAUCAAGUGUUCAUGAAAGGCAGGUUGUGGCUCGAAGCUUAUAGUCUGUACCACAGCACAGGGAAAAUAAUGGAUACAUUUCUGAAAGAGUUUGACAGCGCACCGGAGCCGGAAGUAGUUCCGGCUGAGAAAAAGAGAUCCAAGUCUCGGCUUCGUAGUAUAUUGCGACGGCGAUAA